CACUAACAAAGUGGCAAAACCCUAAACUACCCCACUAAUCUGCUGGAAAGAUUCCAAUUUUGACCUCAUUCCGCCGGACAGAACUUGUAGGGGCCGAAUGGAGAAGAACGCUCGGGUUCGGUGCUCGGAGAACAAAGAGCUUGCAGCUUACUUGUUCGAUAAAUGGAAAGAAUUGGCAGAGAAACCGAAAGGGAUUUCAGAAAACAUUGAGAAGAUUCUGUCUAAAGCUUACUACAAUGUCUGUAACUCAAAAACUCCCAUUCAAACCAUGAAAGACCUUUCCCAGGUCAAGGGCGUGGGAAAAUGGAUUUUGAAGCUCAUGCAGGGAUUUUUUGGGACGGGUUCUGGAAAUUCUGAAGCUGAAGACUUGACCAAAAAGGGAAUGAAAAAUAAUAGAAGCAGACGAUACAUGCCUCAAAAAAAUUCCGUGGCAUAUGCAUUGUUGAUAACUCUUUACAGGGGAACUUCAAAUGGGAAAGAGUUUAUGCAUAAAGAGGAACUAAUUGAUGCUGCUGAAGCUAGUGGGUUAUCUCGAGCACCAAUUGCGCCAGAAAAAGGAAGAGGAAAGCCACAGUUUGGAAGUUCUCCGAGGGAUUGGUAUAGUGGAUGGAGCUGCAUGAAGACACUGAUCACAAAGAGUUUAGUUGUAAAAUCCAGCCGUCCAGCAAAGUUCAUGCUUACUGAAGAAGGUAAGGAAGCAGCUCGUGAAUGUCUCAGAAGAUCUGGAAUGGAAGAUUCCCAAGAGAACUCAGUUACGAUAGAAUGUUCUGAUAUGGAUAGGCAGAACACUUUAGAUAUGCAACACAGUGAUCAUGACUCGGAUACUGAAGUGAUAUCACCACCAACCCAACAAAAGAAGCUAAUGAAUAUUCCUCUUGAUUUUCUAGAGAGGUUUACAAGCAUGGGUUACUCCAAGGAACAAGUUGUUAGUGCAUUCACUGAUGUUUCCAGAAGCCACCCAGAUAAGGAUGUUUCAUCUUUGUGGCCGGCUGUUUUAUGUCAUCUUAGAGAGGGGGAAGUCUAUGAUUUACAGACGGAAUCUCAAACCAUGAGAAAUGAUUUCCGUGUGACAAGUUCUACCGUUGUCUCAAGAGAUUCGAUUGGUCUCACUGGAAAUGAGAACAGAUCUGUCAGUGCAUCUUGUGGGAAUAUGCCGAGCUUUGGGUCUCCUGAUACAUCUUUUUCCUUGAGGGCUUGUUCAUCAUCGGACCAUGCUAUGCCAAAAUCAAUUGGAGAGGGGCCUAAAUCAACGGUGAACAGUUUAAGUUUGCCGCCACUGAGCCUGGGGGAGAGAUUUGGAGAUGCAUAUGAAGUGAUUUUAAUACUGGAUGAUCGGGAGCAAUUUGCCACUCAGGGAUCACGAUCCAGGAGAAUUAUAGAGAAUAUCCGCAGUCAAUUCAAAAUUCAAAUAGAUGUUCGGAGAUUGCCUGUUGGAGAUGGAAUUUGGAUAGCUCACCAUAAAACUCUUGACAGUGAAUAUGUGCUGGAUUUUAUUGUCGAGAGGAAGAAUGUUGAUGAUUUGCGUUCUUCAAUCAGGGACAACCGCUAUAAGGAUCAAAAAUUAAGACUUUUGAGGUGCGGACUGAAGAAGCUGAUAUAUCUUGUGGAAGGUGAUCCAAAUUCCUCUGAAGCUGCUGAAAGCAUAAAAACUGCCUGUUUUACAACAGAGAUUUUGGAAGGUUUUAAUGUGCAGAGAACAAGUGGCUUGGCUGAUACCCUGAAGAAGUAUGGUUAUCUUACCCAAGCAAUUUCUCAAUAUUACAAGACCAUGGUUCUGGACGACCAUGUUCAGUGCUCUGGAACAUGCCCUCCUUUUGAUGAAUUUAUCAAAAGGUGCCAAGAUAUUGACAAAAUGACAGUCAGUGAUGUAUUUGCUGUCCAGCUUAUGCAGGUCCCUCAGGUUACAGAGGAGGUUGCCCUGGCUGUGCUGGAUUUGUACCCCACGCUCCUCUCUCUUGCCAAUGCCUACUCUCUUCUUGAUGGAGAUGUUUGUGCACAAGAGGACAUGCUUAGAAGAGAGAGCAAUAAUGUGAUCAAUGCAGUUGCCAGUAGGAACAUUUUCCAGUUAGUUUGGGGUGGCUGACUCAAGCAUUCUCCCCCCAUGCAGUGCCGGUUUUGGGAUAUUGAACGGAUAUGAAGGUAAUGGCAACACUCUUUGUUGCCAAGAAGCAAUCUGUAUAUUUUGUUAAGGAAAUGUCCUGAUUUUCCUUUCAAUUUUUUCACCGAGUGAUCCUGCACACAAGAUUAUAGGUAGAGAAGUCGAUGAGAAUCAGUAUCUAGUUAACACAUGCAGGCUAAAAUUUUGGUCACAGCUAUUAUGAUCUGUACAUAAGCUUUUGACUUGAUUAGCAAUGCUCCUUUGCUAUUUGUACAUUGUACAUUAUUGAACUAUAUAUGUAUCUCUGUCUGUGUAAAAAGAUCUAAACUACGAUUCAUGUGAUCUUCAUUUGAGCUUUGAGGUGAAGUUUGCUUAGCUCUUUCA